ACUACGGCUCCCGAGAGCUUUAGCGCGGAAGGAUUUAGCAGCCGCUUCGCCCGCAACCGUCUCCUCCCCCCACCUGUCAGGUUACGGCCCGCGCAGUUCGAACGCAGGAGAGACGGGUCGCCCCGAGGGCCGCGAUUCGGAAGGCGCGAAGGGACAGGCCCGCACUGAUUGAAAGAGGCGUUUCCUCAGAGAGGGCCUGGUAAGCAAGGGCUGCCGCUCUGGCUGAAGGGAUUGAGUCCGCAGCGGAGUGCAGUAGCUAAACGGUUAGGGCUGGUUGUAAUGGGGAAACCAAGGGGACGCGCCUUCGCUUUGUGGGACGGCGUGAGGCCUCUAUGCUUGAGGGGGAGAGGCGUGGAGGCAGCGUUGCUAAGCAACGCGAAGCGCUCUGGCCUGGAACCCGCGCAGCUGAGGCGGUUCCUUGGAAAAAUGCCGCCGCCUGCUAGAGAGAAGGGUGGCCCCUGAGGCGAGAAGGUCAGCCUGCCUCCCGGGGCAGAAGCUGUGCAGGGUUGGUGCUCUCUGGGACUGGCAGGGUGGAGAGCAGCAGCAGCAGCAGGUGGGGGGACAAGAUUGAAUGGCAGUAAAUAAAUAGGUGAGGGCAGCCUGAGGCUGGUUGGUAGUGAUUCUGGACUCCAGCCCCCAUGAGCUCUGACCAACGUUGGGUCAGGGGUGAUGGGAGUUGCAGUCCAGUAAAACAUCAGGAGGCAGAGGCACAGCUUUAGUGCGUCUCAAACUUGGGUCCCCCAGCUGCUGUUGGACUACAGCUCCUAUCAUGCCUGGUCCCUUGUCCCUGCUCGCUAGCGAUGAUGGGAUUUGGGAUUAGAAGACACCAGAAGGCAGCCCUGUUUAGGGAAGCUUUUAAUGUUUGAUGUAUUAUUGUAUUUUAAUAUUUGGUUGGAAGCCGCCCAGAGUGGCUGGGGAAGCCCAGGCAGAUGAGCAGGGUAUAAAUAAUAAAUUGUUGUUGUUGUUGUUUUGUUAUUAAUUAUUAUAGUCCAAACACUAGUAACGGGUCAGCCUCAACAAGGCAAAGGGGAGUACUGGAAUAGCACAUCACACAUGGCAAUGCUUUCCCUUGGAGAUGCCGGAGAAUACUUCGUAAGGGUCGCAGCAGACCGCUGAAGAGCUGGGUAUAAGAAAUGAGCUGUUCCAGAUGAACUGCUCCAGAUGCUGUAAAAGGCAGCAUUGCAGUUUGCAAAAGAUUGGGUCGCCAUUGGGUGGUAGGGUAGUGGGGAGCCUGUUGUCACCCUGGUGUUCUUGGUCUGCCAACUCCUGUACUUAUGGAAAUGCACCCUCAAAAAUGUCAUUUUAAAAUUUGGAUUUAAAAUGCUCUUUUCAGAAGAGCAAGGAGCAGCUAAGCCAUGCUGCAUUGGCAUACAGAUCAGCAAGCAAAAAUCAAACAAAACUUUACUUGAGUGCUGCUAUGGCUUUCUGCAAAAUGCAGUUUGCAAAUUUGCUUGGUGAAUUUAAUUCUCACCCUUUGCUUUCUCCCAGAACAAUUCAAUUUCCAAAGUUAACCUUACUUUUGUUUGUGUUUGGAAUACAGAGGCACAAACCACAGUUCCUUUACAAACUAAACAUUAUAAUCUUAUCUGAAGCUUGUUUGCAAAUAGUGUUUAUGAGGGGGAUUUUCUCCCCUGAGGGUUAGCUGUGUUUGUCUGUUGUGACAAAACAGCAGUGACUUGUGGCUCCGGCAAGGCUAACAAAUUUUAUCGUGGGGAAAGUGUUUGCAGACCGCCCUCUUCAUCAGAUGUCAAAAGUGAAGUCUUAAAUUGGUGUAUAUAGACACACUGCAGAGCAAAUGGAGAGGUCUGAGGUCUGAAAUGAAAUGUAAAAAAGAGAGUGGUAAUUACGUGAAAGUAAAAUAGCCAAAAUGACAGUAGACAAAGCAGUAUUGGAGGAAGCCUAAUUUGCUCUGGCUAUUUUGAAUGCCAAGAAGGGGAGAGCGUUAGGGAAGUACAUGUUCAAGAGGCCAACUCCAAAUUUGCAAACUGGUUGCAGGAAGCAUUAUGUCACGAUUCUGUCAUACUAUAAAGCCAAAAUCUGAAACAGGGCUAUUUUCUCUGUCAUUUUAAAGAGUUUCUUCUUCAAAAGGUGGAAGGUGCUUUUAUUGAUAUGUUUUUCGUAGUUAUCUUUUACAUUAGACAAAUGUAUAAUAUCAAUGGAACGUAACUUAUGGACUUCUCAUGAUCACGAUACGCAUGAGGAAGACUUGUUUGCAAAUGUUGUGUCGUUAAGGAGUCAGCUAAAGAAAACGGAAAGAAAUUUACAAGACUUAGAAGAGCUUUACCAAAGUACGAAUUCAUAUAAUUCUGAUGACACGCUUGAGAUUUUAACCAUGGAAGAUCUCACUGAUCCUAGUGAAUUACAUAAUUGUUCAACUCAAUCUUCUCUGAGCAGAAUGCCUUGGCAUAACAGGGAUUCUUCAAGGAAACACAGGAACAAAUGUUACUCGCUGUCUUUGGAUAAAACCCUGGAAGAAGAAAAUGAAAUACUAAGGGAUAAAUUGAAUAUAGUCCGUGAAAAAAAUGCAUCCUUGACUUCUCAGAACCAUCAUCUAAUGAAUAAAAUUGAAACAAUAAACUAUGAACUGAAUCAGUCAAGAGCACGGAUAUCUUUCCUUGAAUCUACUUUGAGUACACACUCUGUCAGCAUUCCAAUGUUAGAAGAACAGAUAGCAAGUUUGGAAGCAGAAGUUCAAGCACAAGAUAAAGCUCUAAAAGAAGCAGAAGAUAAAUUAGAGGAAAGCCAGAAAAGGCUAAUGGAAAAAGAAUAUUCUUUCCAGAAGCUGAAGGAGGAAUAUAAAGAAAUUAGAUUUGAUUUAAUUGAACAAUGCAAACAAGGAAAGAGAACUGAAUGUCAAAGAAAUGAAGCUUUGUUUAAUGCUGAGGAGCUGACAAGAACUUUUAAAAAAUACAAAGAGAAAAUAAGUGAGAAACUGGAAAAGGUUCAGGAAGAAGAGCAAACUUUAGAAAGAAAUUUAAUGAAUUGUGUGAAAGAAAAGAAAUUGCACGCAAAAUGCAAUAGCUAUAGAAGUGAGCUUGAAAGCACAAAGGAACAAGUGAGACAAUUAACUGAAGAGAAUAGUAUUGGAAAAGAAAAUCUCAGAGGUGUGGAAGCCAAAUGUGCUGAAAUGGAAGCGCAACUGAAGCACUCUCAGCAGAAUAUCCUGAAGCUCGAAAAUAAACUUCAGGUCCAAGACACAGUACUUGAAGAAAAAAAUACCCUAUUGCAUGAAAUUGCUAGCUUAAAAGCUCUUGUUGCACAGCAAAAUGAUCACCUCAAGUUGUAUCAUCAAGAAAUUGAGAAUUCAAGAACUGAACUAAAAACCUUAGAAAAUAUUAUUUCCCAGUUGUCUCAAAGUUCACCAAGAGAGGCUAGUCAUUCCAUGCAUCAUUCUAAAGAAGCAUCAUGUCCCAAUUGCUGUGAUUUAAGUAGAUCCCUGAUAGAAGAGCUAAGAUUAAAGCUGACAAUGAAAGAAGCAUUGAUUCAGCAAUUUCAGGCAGAAACUAUGACCAGUAAUCCAUGUCAAGAUCUCUUUGAUGAAAGUGAGAGACAAGAAUUGAAUGGCUUAGAAAUUGAACCAGUAAAAUUGACAGGAAACCAAACAGAGAGAAAACACCAACAACUGGAACUUGUCGCUAAGCAGUUUGAAAAGGCCAAGCAAAGAUUACAUGGACAGUUAGAAGAACUACGUACUAAACUGGAAAAAUGUGAAGCUGAAAAUUCAUUUUUAAAGGAGACCAUGGCCCAGCGAACUAGUCAGUUUCAAACAAUACAGGAUGAACUGUUGGAGAAAGCUGCAAAAUCUAGUAGCUUGGAACGAGAAGCAGCAAGGAAAUCCUCUAGGCUCUCAGCCCUUGAAAAACAGCUGGAAGAAAAGACUCUUGCUUACACAACUGCUGCUGAAAAAAAUACUGAGCUGGAACGGGAAUUAGUGGAAGUGAAUGCUCAGCUCCACAGCUUAGAAAGAAACUUCAAUGAGGAACAUGGGCACUUAGCCGCAGUGCUUAAAAAAACAAAGAUGAUUCAUCACGAGCACCAGAAAGAAUUGGAAAAGCAGAUUGAAUUGCUUGAGUCUCGGCUAGAAACGAGAUGCCAGCAAUUCCAUGAGCAGGAGAACACAAUGUCACUUUUACAGCAAGAUAUCUUAUGUAAACAACGUCAGAUUGAAUCACUAGAUCUACUGCUAAUAGAAAGCAAAGAGGAAAUGGAAAAUCAGAAAACCAAGAAAGAGGAAGCAAUAAGGAUAUUACAGAGCCAAUUUACUGAGGAAACAAUCAAGGUUAGACAGCUACAAGCAGCGCUAGAUGACUGCAAGGAAGAUCUCGCGGUAUAUUUAAGUAAUCUCGAAGAAAGUAAAGUGUUAUUUGAAAAACAGCUGGCGAAGAAAAAUGACGAGAUACAGCGGUUGCACAAAGAAAUAAAGUUGAAAAAUAACAAUCUUCAGUCAACUAGUGAACAAAACUUCAUUCUGCAGCAAACACUGCAGCAGCAGCAGCAAAUGUUAAACCAAGAAACCAUUAGGAAUUGUGAAUUAGACGACAGCCAAAUUAAGCUCCAGCAGCAGGUAUUAAAAUUAGAGCAAGAACUUCAAAAACAGAAGGAAAUUAUGGAGGAAGAGUUGAGAAAAACUACCGAGAAUCUCCAUUUAGUCUCUGAAGAAGCUGAUUUGAAAAGACAAAAAAUAGCAGAACUCACGGGUACAAUCAGGCAAAUUAAGAUAGAGAUGGAUCAAUGUAAAGAUGAGCUAAUAGACAUGGAGAAAGAGUUAGUUCACUUAAGACGAGAUGGUCACGCUAAAGCAUCGCAGCUGGGCCACUUGGAAAUGACUUUGGAGGAGAAACAUGAAGAACUGCAGAAAAAGACGCAGCAAGUGAAACAGUUAGAAGAUAAAUUGCUUCAAGCUGAGACACAGCAAAAGGAUUCUGAGCAGAAAAUAGGAACGCUGGAGACUGACCUUCAGAAUGCCACUGGGAAGCUAAAAACUAGUUUGAGACAACUGCAAGAACUUCGGAAUAUGCUACAGGAAACACAGUUGGCUCUGGAGGAGAAGUAUGCUGCUAUUGAGAAUUUAACAGAAGAACUAAGAGACUGCAAGGAUGAACUUGAGAACAAAAGGCAAGAACUCCUUGAGAUGGAAAAGAUACUAAAAGAAAGGAAUUGGGAUUUGAAACAAAGAGCAGCUCAGGUUACACAGUUGGAUAUGUCAAUCCGUGAGCACAGGGGAGAAUUGGAACAAAAAAUAAUUAAAUUAGAAGGAAAUUUGGAAAAAGCAGAGUUGCAGAUCAAGGAAUGCAACAGACAGAUUGAGAGUUUAGAGAGCAAGCUGCAGCAUUCCAAAGGUGAACUUCAGGAGAAAGAGUUGAACAUCCUCCAACAAGAUCAAGAGAUAAAUCGUCUUAAAAAGGAAACUGGAAGAAAACAGGAAAAAGUAACAGAUAUUGAGAAAAAGGUGGAGGAACAGGAAAGGUUCAUGGCAGAACAGCACAAAGAAAUACUUGAUUUGGGUCAGCAGCUGAGGCUAGAACGUGAACAGAUGAAAAAGGUCCAUUUGGAGCUACUGGAAAGUCGCCGUCAACAGGCUCAAGCUCAGAGAGAUGUGGAUAGGCUCUCUCUUGAACUGGAAGAAGUGAACCACCUCUCGCAUGAAAAAGAAAGUCGUACAAAUCAUUUGGCAGAACAACUAGGGGCAGCUCAGGCACGGGAAGCCCAGUUAGAAGCAAGAAUGCAAACAGAGAUUAGGAGGCUCUCAGCAGAAAUACACUCACUAAAGCAGUCUUAUACGUCAGAGAAACUCUUACAUGAAACAGAGGAAACAAAACGGAAGGAGUCGAUAUCUAAAUCUCAUCACCUUUAUGGGCAGUUGCAGCAGCUGAAGCUAGACCUGGAAGAUGCACAAGGCACUGUCUGUAAUCUACAAGAACAGCUUCAGUCCAGAAAUGACAUGAUUGACGCAGCAAAUGAAGCUCUGCUUCUCAAAGAAUCUGAAGUAACAAGACUACAAGCUAGACUUGCAGGUCACGAAAGAACAGAAAGCAUCAAGCAACUAUCAGCCCCACAAAGCAUAUCCACUCAUCAAUGGUUAGAUCAAGAGCCAGACUUUGACAGGCAUUCUCAGAGAAAAUCUGCAAGCAUUAAUGAUCCAAGUUUUAAAGAUGAUGGAAAUUUAUUAAAACCGAAAAACAUUUUUACAUCCAAUUCUUUGGUAAUUUGUAGGAAGCCAAAAGACACAAUUCACGACUCACCAAAAAGUCCAAAUGAAUCGUCCUUUGAUCCUUUGACACACAUUGUGGAGGAGGAUGAGACUUGUGAUAGCAGUGACUUCCAAACUCUUAGUGGCAUGCUGAAAUAUAUCAACAAAGAGAUGAGUUCUGAAAAUUCUCCAUAAUUUUCACCUGAUGUAAAGGACAAUUCAAGAACAAAGAUUGUGAAGUAACAGUGCGCUGGCAAACAGUCAACCACAGAUGGAUUUGUUGUCUUCAUGAAUAUAAUGAUGUGCCAUUUUAUACAAACCCUGUAUAUAUUUGAGAAACAUAGUGACUCAUAAUCCCUUCCUAUUUAUCCCAAUUCUAUUUUUUUAUUACUGCUUUGAAGUAAUUUGUACAGUAAUAAAGGUGUGGUGUGUGUUUUUUUUCUCUUGAAGAGAAAUCUGAAGGAUCUGGAUUUUUUAAAAAACUAUUUUCCUGAUACUUGAAUAUUUCAUCUAAAUGUAUUAUUAUUGAAUUAAUAAACAAACAAUACACAUUG